AUGGCUACAAGUAUGCUUUCUUCUCGUUCAUCAGUUCCACCUACUGAUGUAUCAACAUUAAAUUCUUAUGGUGCCUUAUCUGAUUCUAAUGAUAUUGAAGUAUUACCAUCAACAACAAUUAUUAAUUCAACAACAAUACAUAAUAAUGAAUCUGAAUCUCCUAUAUCAACUCAUUAUCAAUCUCGAAAAACAUCUUGUUUACAACCUCAACAAUCUGAAACAUUAUUUGCUAUAUUUUUAUUUACACUUGGUCUUAGUUUAUUAAUUUAUGUUAUUAUUUCAUAUUGGUUUACACAUAGUCAAAUAUCUCCAAUAAUUAUAUUCAUAUGUGGUUUACUAUGUUUUAUACCGGGUUGUUAUUAUUUAAUUGAACAUUAUUCUUUUAUAUUUCGAUGUCAACGAAAUCAUCAUCGACGUUUACAAAUAAAUGAUCAAAAUGAAAUUGUUUAA